CGCGGGCACUGUGUUGGUGACCCCUGGGUUAACCUAAUGUUAGUGCUUGAUACUUGGUUCUAAUAUCUUUACUGUAGCGAAAGCAAUAUAAUGUUUCUCUUUCUUCUGUCACAUGUACUACGACUACGAAAGCCCCUGAAGCUAAUGUAAAUGUAGGCAUUUAGCCUACAUUUACAGCUAAAUGCCGUAGGCCUAAAUGUAAAUGUAGGCCUAAUCUUUAAAUAUAGGGCCAUUUAAAAAAGCCUCCACUUCUAAAUAAAAAAGCCUCCACUUCUAAAUAAAAAAGCCUCCACUUCUAACUAAAGAAGCCUCCACUUCUAAAUAGCCUAUAGCCUAUAUAUAAUGGUUUGUAUUGUAGGCAUUAAUGUAUAAGGCAAUAACUAAAAUCUAGACCCAGGCAGACUUGGUCAUCAGGCCCAGACCGUCCAUCUCUGAACACAGCGGGGUUGAAGACUGAAGAGCACAGACCAUACAGGCUGCACUGUUCGUUUGGAACUCGGCAUGUUUACUUCCAGUCAGACAAUUCUGCUCGGAAUUAUAUCUAAUCCUCUUUGGCAGUUGAUUAUAGAUUAUAACGCAGCUAAAAAGCAAAACAUAAUAAAACAGUUGAAUUUUAAGACACAAUUAUCCUAUCAUCCUACUUCGAUAAUAGCUUACGUAGUUCAUUGGCUUCUUUUAUGCGGAAUUUGUUAUUUGCAGCAAUCCUUCCGGACCGGCCUCCGGCUAUCUGCUGUGAGCACUUGGUAGGCCUAUAGGCUAUGUGUCAUGUAGUGUUAAUGCGCAUCUGAUGCAGAGUUUAGGCUGUGGAGAAAACAAUAGCCGCACAUCACAAUGAUUAUUGAACGAAAUUGCUCAAGUUUUGAUAAUAAACUCAGACCUGCAGUGAAAUUGUAACAUUUAAUGAUGCCUAUUAUAAUGGACUAAUCAGUCCAUCCUUUAUUUGCCGACAAGUGUAACAGUCCCGUAUGCAAUCCAAGGCUCUUGCACCAGUUUAAGCUCUCUUGACCCUUAACGCUGAGUGGUUCUCUGUGAAGGUGAACAUUGUGUAUAACAAUCACGUGUAAACCGACAUUCUUCCUUCACUUGAGUUAUGAGGAACGGAGUAACACGGCGUUUAUUUAUUCAACUAUUAACAUUUGGAAUUGGAGAUAUUGAUGCUCAACUUUCCAGCCAUUUCUCGUUAACACCGGCUACAACUCUGACACAGUCCAAUGCUUGUGAUGGGAGGAGUCUGUCGUCAUCUGCAGUUUUAAUUGGCUGGAGGCUAAAGCGAGACUCAAUUGUAUUCACCAUGUUUUGCGCAAGAAAUGUCAGCCAGAAUGGGCUACCUUCAUCCGCCGCCAAAUUACUCUACAACAAUGACCUACCCAAACAACCAAGCUGGAAAUUCAUUUUUUGUGGACUCUCUGAUCAACGUGAGAGACAGGUACUACCCGGGCAGCGGGCUGUAUGUGCCCCCUGGGUCCGAGUAUUCCUAUGGACUGUCCACCGGCUCUAGUUUUCCGGGUAUCGCUAAACGCAACGAACCAGGUUCUCAAACCUCGAGCCCUUCUUUUGGUCCAUAUUCUCAGGGAAUGGAAGCCUGGCUGGAGACGGCCAGGUCUGGUGGAGCUGAGCCUCACAGGAGCCACGACCCAACGAACUGCUCAUUUGCUCGACUCUCUCCGACGAUAAAAGCGGAAAACUCCUAUUGCGUCUGUGAAUCGGACAAGUGUCCAAAAGGAGCCGCGGCAGAGGACGCCACCCUGCCCAGGAGAGCGUCGGGACCAUGCCAUGGGACUAACAGCAAGGUGCCGGUCCCCGGGUACGUUCGCCUCUCUCAAACGUACACAUUUCCAAAGCUGUAUCACGACGAUCAGCUAAAUUUUACUUUGCAACGACAUCCCCGCUUCGACGCUUCACAAGCAGCCGACCUUUCGGACGAGUCGGUCCCUACAGGCGAACGGGAGAGAGAAGAGGCGCCGUGCGCCCCCGAUAGAGACGAUGAGAGCCGCCUCUCAUCGGAGAGCCGCUCCUCCCCUGAAGCCACAGAGACCUGUACAGAAAGCACAGAAAACAUCAGCAAAGGAGAUGGGACGAUUGGAAACACAGCUAAUUGGCUGACAGCUAAAAGUGGCCGAAAGAAGCGUUGCCCCUAUUCCAAGCACCAGACUCUAGAGCUCGAGAAGGAGUUUCUCUUUAACAUAUAUUUGACUCGGGAGAGACGCCUUGAAAUCAGCCGCAGUGUGCAUCUCAGUGAUAGGCAAGUCAAGAUCUGGUUCCAAAACAGGAGGAUGAAACUAAAGAAAAUGAGCCGGGAAAAUAGAAUCAGAGAGCUCUCAAACAACUACAAUUUUUCCUGAGAGUGUGAUAUCCUUUGCACCCUCCCCCAUCCACGACGUGGAUGCUGUACAUAUCCUCAGCUGAAGAAUGUCAAUUUGAAAUUAGGAACCCAUCACUUAUUUAUUAUUGUUCUUUUGAAAUGGUAUUUCCACCUUAUUUUAUUUGUGGUGGUUAUUUCCUAUUUAUAAACAGUUAUAUGUUAAUCCACAAUGGGAAAUAUUCUGUGUGGUAGCCUAUAUGUUGGAGUUCCAGGCUUGUAUUGUAUGUCUGUGAGCCUAUGGAUGUCGGAGCGCUGAUUCUGUUCACUAUGUUUUCCACCCACGGGUCUGCAUCAGGAAGUCAGGAAUCAGAGUCUCAUGCAUUCUGCUGCUCUAACUAAUAAAAAAAUUCCCUGGAGUUGUAGACGUCUGACUGUAUACAUUUUACAAUCCAUUUAAUUACGACAACUAGUGAAAAAUAUUAUUUCAUAUUUGCUGCAAUAGGCUACUCUACUUUGAGAAAAGGUUUUAC